AUGUGGAAGAAGGCUACAUUUGCCGUGUCCGUGGUGUUGCAUUAUUAUCCGCCUCCAAACAGAGAUCAGAUGCUUCUCUUCCACCUGCUCCCCGUCAACAAAACAAACGCGCCUCUGCUUCUGAUUGGCCGCUUCGUUGGCCAAAGCAUCUGGCGUUCCCUGAAGCUGGCUGUCUGUCUGAGCAUCGCCACGCCAUUUUCGCUUUCCCAUGACAAGUGCAGGCAGCAUAUGUUUGAGAACCGCGGCCUAUUUGGGAGAAAAGUGAAGUGUUGA